AUGUCCCUACUCUUCUUCCCCAGCUGUAGAAGUAUCAUGGAGACCAACAUCUCGCCACUCAACGCCAUCAGUACGCCCAAUGAAGACUGGACAUGCAUUAGCGACGUGGAGCAGCGGAGACGCAUUCAAAACCGCGUUGCGCAGCGGAGACAUCGGCGCAGGAUCAAGGAGCUCAAGAAAGCCUCCAGCCCAUCCGUCCACCCCCUGCCCACCGACCAGUUCACAGCCAGCCGGCUGUCGCCCAGCUUCCCCAAAGCCGCGCCAUCCCCUCAUCCACACCCGCACAGCACCCCUUCGGCAGACCCUUCCCGCCCUAUCCUCCACACCCCGACCGUAUACCCGCUCCCGCCGCUCUCGCCCGAUGUCGAGAUGAUGCUGCGGCAGUGGUACGCGCAGUCGCUGCCUCCCGCGCACGCCGGGUUGGGCGCCACGCCCCUGGGCCCCAUGGACGGGGACGCCCUCCCGAUGGCCCAGCUGUCGCAGAUGCACCUCGGCCCGGACCUGCAGAAGAUAUAUGGAUUGCCGCAUCUCGCCGACCGCGCCGGGGACGACCUGCCACUGCCCGGCCUUAGCCCGCGUCCGUCCCAUGCGCGCCGACGCCCCGAGCUGGAUCGCACCCACGACUCCGAGGACGACUCGAGCAGUGACUCGGACGACGACGACGACAACGGCGGCGGCGGCGAUGACAUGAUGCAAGGCGCGCAGGGGAGUGGUCUCCCGGCCCAUUCCCUCCAGCACCGCGGCCCCGGCCACGGCCACACACUCCCGCCCCCCAUCUCGGCCCGCGACAAGGCCCACAUCGACCGCAUCCGCCGUGCCUUCCGCCAGGGCUUGCGCGCGGGCCUGGCCUCCCCGGAGGAGCGCGCCUCGGCCUACGAGGACCUGCAGAAGCGGCUGGUGCGCGCCAUCAACAAGGUCAUCGAGCUGUACGACUACGGCUGCUGUCUGGAUGUCAUCCGGCCGGACUCGGACCUGGACCGGAUGAUGCUGGCGCUGCAGGAGCAGCUGGGGAGGGUGAGUGAGACGGGCAGGAUCCGGCCGGGGGAUAUUUCUAUCAAAUGA